UUUGGGGCCCCGUCCACAUAUUAAGACAAAACCGUUUCAAUACUCCCCCUCUCUCUUCAUCAUCAUCAAUCACUUACUACAAGAUCUCCUCUGUGUUUUUUUUUUCCUCCCAAUCGUCAUUUGGUAGGUGGCUCAAGAUGAACGACGCAGAUGUCUCCAAGCAGAUCGAGCAGAUGGUGAGGUUUAUCCGCCAGGAAGCCGAAGAAAAGGCCAAUGAGAUCUCCGUCUCCGCUGAAGAAGAAUUUAACAUAGAGAAGUUGCAGCUCGUGGAGGCAGAGAAGAAGAAGAUUAGACAGGAGUAUGAGAAGAAGGAGAAGCAAGUCGAUGUCCGAAGGAAGAUUGAUUACUCAAUGCAACUGAACGCAUCGAGGAUCAAAGUUCUUCAAGCACAAGAUGACAUUGUCAAUGCAAUGAAAGAAGAGGCUGCAAAGCAACUCCUCAAAGUCAGCGAACAUGGCUUCUUCAACCAUCAUCACCAUCAGUACAAACAUCUCUUGAAACAUCUCAUUGUUCAGUGUUUGCUUAGACUGAAAGAGCCUUCAGUGUUACUGCGUUGUCGCAAAGAAGACCUUCACAUUGUGGAGUCUAUGCUGGACGAUGCAACUGAAGAAUACUGCGAGAAGGCAAAGGUUCAUGCUCCUGAGAUCAUAGUUGACAAGGACAUUUUCCUUCCUCCUGCUCCUUCCGAAGAUGAUCCUCAUGCUCCUUUCUGUGCUGGAGGAGUGGUGCUGGCUUCUCGUGAUGGGAAAAUUGUGUGUGAAAACACUCUUGAUGCAAGGUUGGAGGUCGCUUUCCGCAAGAAACUUCCUGAGAUCCGAAAGUCGCUCUUUGGCCAGGUUGGUGCAGCUUGAUGAGUGACUCCAACUUUGAACCAUGAAAGGUAAUGGCUCCAUUAUCUAUCCAUUCUUUCUAUUGUCACCAAUUUGAAAAACUCUGUACAAUGUGUUAAUUGGCCUUUUGCUUUUGUCAAUGGACCUUGGCCUUUGUCUGUUAUUUUCUUCACAUCUAUGUUGGUUUGGUGUGGUGAUGUUAUAAAUAAAUAUUUGGUUGAAUAUGCUUUUUUUUUCUUCUGAUAA